AUGUCUUUAACCAACAGGGAAAAUCCAAAAAUUCUUCAAAACUUUAUUGAUGGUCUAUAUGUGGACCCUGUUAAAGCAUCUUCAAUAAAGUAUAUUCCAGUUACUACACCACAUACGGGAAAAGUUAUCGCACAAUGCCCGGUUUCCACUGCUGAAGAUGUAGAUAAAGCUGUUGAAGCUGCAAAGAAAGCUUUUAAGAAAUGGAGUUCUCGAACGGUUAAAGAUCGUGCGCAAGCUUUGAUCCGAUUUCACAACCUAUUAUCUACACAUAUUGAAGAAUUGGCCGACCUGAUCAUAUUGGAACAUGGGAAAAAUAAAGCUGAAGCGAUGGCAAGUAUUUCUAAAGGCGCCGAAACUGUAGAAUAUGCAAUUUCUCUUCCUCAGCUGCUUCAAGGUAAAAUUUUGGAAGUUUCUAGAGGUGUAUCAUGUCAAGAUGCUCGAGUUCCUUUGGGUGUUGUUGCUUCUAUUGUACCUUUUAAUUUUCCAAUCAUGGUUCCUUUUUGGACUUUACCAAUCGCCAUUGCUACCGGAAAUACUUUAAUAUUAAAACCUUCGGAAAAGGUUCCUAUGACUAUGAAUCGUGUUGUUUCUCUUCUAAAAGAAGCUGGUAUACCAGAUGGUGUUAUAAAUAUAGUAAAUGGAACUGUCGAUGCCGUUAACGCAAUCUGUGAUCAUCCGGAUAUAAAAGCGGUAACAUUUGUGGGAACCUCGCAUGUGGCUAACCUUGUUUCUGAAAGAUGCCAUAAAUUGGGAAAAAGAGUUCUUGCUUUAGGUGGUGCAAAGAAUCACUUAAUUGCUUCACCUGAUUGUAAUAUUGAAACAACUUCAACCGAUAUCGUAAACUCUUUCUCGGGGUGUGCAGGACAACGUUGUAUGGCAGCUUCAGUCCUUUUGGUAAUUGGUUCACAACAGGCCCUUCUUGACCGUAUUUGUGCUAAGGCUUCUAACAUAAAACCGGGUGUAAAACCUGGAGAAGUAGGCCCAGUAAUUGACCAAGCAUCACUUGAUAAAAUCAGAACCUAUAUCGCAGAAUCCGAACAAGCAGGUGCUAAAAUUCUUGUCGAUGGUCGCCAUUGGACUUCACAAAACCCUGAAGGAUUUUGGAUCGGGCCGACCGUUAUUUUGCAUAGUAACAAAGAUGAUAAAGCAUUACAUGAUGAAAUUUUUGGUCCUGUGUUGAGUGUUUAUCAAUGUUCUAACAAGGAAGAAGCGAUAGAGAUCGAAAAUGGCAAUCCGUAUGGUAAUGCAGCUUGUAUAUACACUACUACUGGUGCAACGUCUGAAUGGUUUAUUUCAAGAUUUAGUGCUGGAAUGUGCGGUGUGAAUAUUGGAGUUCCAGUACCUAGAGAGCCGUUUUCAUUUGGAGGAAUAAAUCGAUCAAAGUUUGGAAACUUUAUGGACAUUACUGGCGAUGGUGGUGUCGAAUUUUUCACUUGGAGACGUAAAGUAACAACUAGAUGGGGUACUGAAGAUCUUGACCCAAAAUUAAAAAU